GUCAAAGUCAAGAUGCCUGCGGACAGUGUUUGAAUUUGGAUUUCUUUACGAUGCGAAACAAACUCAGACGGAGCAAAAACUGUAAGAAUGCAUCGCGCCAAAGCGAAAACCGAGCACAAACUACCGAGGUGAUAACGUUAGUGUUUUCAGAGUCGAGCUGCUCCAAUGAUAAAACAUCACCAGGGAGAGAUUCAGCCUCUCUGGCUGCGAAAGACCAAUAUGGCUCCUAUGCUGCCGAGAGAAAAGUUCAACCACUGCAGGAGCAGAGGAAAACGUGCUGCGCUAAAGACAUAAAAAUUGCUCCCAUUUUCUUACGAACACCAAGGCAGAGCCAGAGUAAAGGGAGCAGCGGUGGUAAGUUGGAUCCGCCUGUGGAGAAGCUGCAGAAACCAGUGGCUCCUCAUCAGCGUGAUGAUUUGCGAGGGGUGGAAAGUCAGCAUCGGUUGUCAGCAUCCACAGUAUCUCACCUGACACAGAAAGGAGGGGUUAUUCCGUCUACCAGGAGAGGACAGCUGUCACCCUCAUCUCUGCACAGAUGUCUGGAAGAAAUCCAAACAUCCAAUCCAGCAUUUCCUGUUCAAGCAGUGUUCAGCACUUUGCAGAAGAAAGCAAGUGAAAGCCUGCAGGACUGUGGAUCCGCAGGUGAGACUGAUCAACAGUCUGUUAACAGACUGACUGUCCACCACUUAAGAUGCUCCUCUCUCCUGUCCAAAGCAGACAGCUCUCUGCACCCACGCUCCCUACAGAACCAUUUAGAAGUGAAGAGGAAACGAGGAGAUGAAAACUCUGACAGGGUGUCCAAGCGUCUGAGGUGUGGCCUCACUGCAGAAGGUGCCGUUGGUUUGGGUCAAUGUCACCUCCAGGGUUUCCAGGAAAGUAUUGUCCUCCCUGCGAAGAAGCAGCCCAGGAGCAGUAAGCUGAGCCGCACUCACAGACUGAGGUAUCAGAGUGGAAGCUUAGCGGGUCUGGUGAACGACUGUGAGCUGAACUCUGAAUGGACAAAUGACACCAAAUCUGACGGCCAGUUACCUUUAACCCAUGAUAUUCUCCUUAGAGAAAAAUCCAGUUUUGAGGAUGUUCUCUGGACAGACAAGUACAGUCCUCAGCAUUCAAGUGAAGUCAUUGGUAACUCUGUCUCAGUGAACAAACUGCACAGUUGGCUGAAGAAAUGGAAAGUAAGAGCUGACUGCGAAGAGAGGAGAAAAGAGGAGGAAAGGAAAGAUGACGAUAACACCAAUGACUCGUGGGACUGUGGAGACUUCCAAGGUGAGGCUGGGCCAGAAGACGACAGAGAGGAUCCGCUGUGUAACACAAUGCUGAUAACGGGACCUCCAGGCGUGGGAAAGACUGCCUCAGUGUAUGCCUGCGCUCAGGAGCUUGGCUUCAAGGUGUUUGAGGUGAACUGCUCCUCACAGCGCAGUGGCCGCCACGUUCUGUCCCAGCUAAAGGAGGCUACCCAGUCCCACCUAGUGGAGACGUCGGGCAAGGACCCACUGAAACCAGCUUACUUCAACAACUACAACAGCAGCAGCUGCACUCCUAAACCCGAGACUAUACCUGGAAAACCAGUGCCUCCCAAAAAUGUCAUCUCUACCUCAAAAAAGAGGGCAAUGCUGAAUAUUGGCCGCUCAAGUCGCAAAGGAAAAGCUAAUCCAGCCACAGUCACUUUGGCCAACUACUUUAAGAUGAAGGCCAAAGCAGAUCACUUACACUUUCGUGGCCUGUCGCCAUCUGAGAAACCAGACAGCAAGAAAUCGGGUAACCCAUCACCAGGCUGUGAUCAAAUAGUGACGCAGCGCAAAAAGACAGCCACGUCACUCAUUCUGUUUGAAGAGGUUGAUGUCAUAUUUGACGACGAUGUUGGUUUCCUCGCAGCCAUCAAGGCUUUCAUGACAACCACUAAAAGACCAGUCAUUCUGACCACCAAUGAUCCCAUGUUCAGAGAGAGAUUCAACUGCAGCUUGGAGGAAAUCAUUUUCAAAACCCCAUCAGCGGUGAACGUCUGUAGCUACCUGCGGCUGGUGUGUUUGGUUGAGAAUGUGCGACUGGAGUUGGAUGACGUUCGCAGCCUCCUCAGACUCACCUGUGGUGACGUCAGACGCUGCCUGCUGCAGCUGCAGCUCUGGGUGCACAGUGGUGGAGGACGGGCAUCUCAGAUUGGAGGCUUGUCUGAAGAGCCCACUCACUUACAGUGCUCAUAUGCUGCUGACGGAGGAGACAAUUUAGACUCCAGUCUCCCUCCAUACGACACAGGCUGCACUGCCAGCAUGUUAGGUCUCCACCCUGUGACCCAAAACCAACUGCUGAACCUUUUAAAGUGUCAGCAUUGGUCUGAGACAGACAUGCACAAGCUCCUGAGGCUCUUAGCUGAGGGCUGGAGAGGAGGUGUGCCUCUUCUCUACACCAACCUGGAGCUCCUUCUACCCACCGGCGCGAAGGGAUCUUCAGUCCAGUACCUGGACAAGGUGACUCGUUCUGGGCUGCAGAGCGAGCUGGCAUCCUCUGACACCGAUCCCAGCUUCCAGCAGAUCAAACGAAAUGUCAGUCCAAAGCCAUCAGCGACCAACAGCAAAUCUGUUCGGAAAAUCUCCAGGCUUAGUAGAAGGAAAUAUAUCGCACCACUGUUUGACACCACAUCAUCUUCCACUUUGACACACGAACCUCAAAUUACCUCAUUACCAUUAAGAGGGGCUCGUUCAAGACUCCCUAGUUUAAGUGACAAAACUGAACAAAUAUCUGCCAAAGUGGCAAACGGCUGUUUAGAUGCCCUGACUGACUUCUUUGACCUCAUGUCGUACCUUGACGUCACACUGCCAGCUUCAGCCAUGCUUGUUUCAGGCUCGUGCAGACCUGAGGACAGGUUUGUCUGGACAGGAGCGGAGAUAAAGGACGGCUUGUUGGAUGAGAUGAGCGAGGGGGAGGACCGGAGCUGGAGCCAGGAAAGGCUGGUGGAUAUUCAGGCCGCUGCUGAAGGCUUGGGGUGUCACAUAUGUUGGUGGCGAGUGUCUGAGGCGUGGACCAAAGCCCAAAAAUACAGGCAGGAACUGGAUGACAAAAAGUGGGAGAGGCUGGUGGAGAAACUGACGUUCCCUGCUUCCUCCAAACAACAGAGCCUCCGAUUUAGUUUUCAACCUCUGCGUGCACCAAGUGUGACCCAAAGGAGGUACGAGCUGAGCAGGAAGGUGCUCAGCAGUAAAUCUUUCAGCCUGCUGGGGAACAGACAAGCUGUCAGUGUCGACUACAUGCCGGUCCUCCGCUCCAUCUGUCGCCUUCAGAGAGCACAGCGACAGAAAGAGGAGCCAGUCAGGUGUCUGAACCACCUCAGCAGUGUGCCCCUGGGCCUGACAAAGUCAACUAUUCAACUCCUGGCAGAAGAUUUCUCUUAGGGAAAAAUCUGUAAAGACUGCCUCACCUUACCCCUGUCUAUUUAUUUUACUGAGCAUUCAUUUUACUGAAUACUGUUAACCACAUGAAUUUUACACAAGUGAGAUGUGAAAUCAUGUUUUAUUUACAUGUAAGUGCAACCAUGACGAGUAAAAUAAAAAUGUAUAUUUUUU